AUGACGCGACGCAUUGUCCGCACAAUAGUGCAAACAACCACCGCCGCCGUCUUCACCUUCAUCGUCAUAUUCUUUCUCGACCGCAACUUCCGUGUCCUCCCCAAUGCCCUCCACGAGUACCUACCCACCCACCACGCGGGCACCGUCAUCACCGACGUGACGCUGACACGAUGCUCAACCCUCAACGUUUUCUCGUCCUGCAAGCUCGACCCCGCUGUCUGGCACCGCAUCGAAAAGGACUUGUUCCUCCACCAUACCAUGUUCUCGUCUGCCUAUCUGCACGUGCAGCGCAAACGAGAGGAGGAGUUGACGGCGGAUGAUAAAGUGGUCAUUGACGUCAGCGUGGGGCGGUUGAACCCAGACGUGGCGGCCGCGAAGAGCAGUAAUAAUAAUAUUGACGAUUAUGGGAGGAGCACAAGGAGGGAUGGUGCGCCGGAUAGCGGAGGAAGUGGGGAGGAGGACUGGGAGGCGCGACCUGGCGGGCUAUGGAUCAAGAGAAGCAACAAGCGCGGCGUGAGUGAUUCCGAGGUGGCUGUGACGGGGCUGGAUGUGCUGUUUGGCGAUGAUGCGGUCGAGGCGCGGCCCGGCUGGCGGAUCAUUGGGACCGCGAUGCUGUUGGAUACAUCGCCGGACGUCCCGACGACGCACAUCACGAUUCGGAGAGGGUCGGAACUCGAGGUGCCCCGCCUCGUGCCCAGGAUAACGGAAAACGGACGGUUCAAGAUCAUGCAACUGGCGGACCUCCAUCUAAGCACAGGGGUAGGAAACUGCCGAGAUGCGUUGCCGGAGGGUGUUAAAUGCGAGGCCGAUCCGCGGACGCUGGAUUUCGUGGAGAAGAUUAUUGAGGAAGAGAAGCCCAAUAUGGUCGUGCUGAGCGGCGACCAGGUGAAUGGAGAGACUUCUCCGGAUGCGCAAACUGCCAUUUUUAAGUACGCACAACUACUCAUCAAGCACAAGAUUCCAUACGCUUCCAUCUUCGGCAACCACGAUGAUGAGGGAUCCAUGUCACGCGCAGCACAAAUGGACCUGAUUGAGAAAUUACCCUACUCUCUUUCGCGAGCUGGUCCCCCGGACAUUGAUGGCGUAGGCAACUACUACGUCGAGGUUUUGGCCCGCGGCAGCUCCGGCCACUCGGCCAUCACAGUAUACCUACUCGAUACGCACUCGUACUCGCCCAACGAACGCAAGUAUCAGGGCUAUGACUGGAUCAAGCAGAACCAGAUUGACUGGUUCCGCAAUACUGCACAAAGCCUCAAGAGAAGCCACAAAGAAUACACCCAUCACCACAUGGAUGUCGCUUUUAUUCAUAUCCCCAUCCCCGAGUACACGUGGGAGAACCUCACAUUUGUGGGUGAGUGGAAAGAGCCGAGCACAGCGCCGGCUUACAACUCUGGCUUCUACAAUGCGCUUGUCGAGCAAGGGAUUUCCAUGGUCAGCUGCGGACAUGACCAUGUGAACGAGUACUGCGGCCUUUCCAAAACAGCGGAGCAGAAGCCUGCCCUCUGGAUGUGCCAUGCUGGCGCCGUUGGGUUUGGCGGUUACGCAGGCUACGGUGGGUUCCACCGCAAAAUCCGCAUCUUCGAUUUCAACAUGAACGAGGCACGCAUCACAACCUGGAAGCGGGUCGAGUACGGGCCAGAUGUGGAUAAGAGGCUCGAGGAGCUGAUUAUGGUCGACGCUGGGCGGGUCGUGGCACCGAUGCAAGGGUGA